CAUGUGGAAUGUGGAUCAAAAGCAGAUGUAGAAUCCCGGCAAUGACUAUAUUUUAUUUUCAACUGAAAAUGCCAAGCAACUUCCGUUGCAAAAGCAUCCGACCCAGAUUGUCAAAGAAGCGCUGCACCAAAAAAUCCUCAUAACUCUUGUCACUUCCGUUUGAGUCAAAGCAGUUCCUUGCUGCUUCUAACUACAGCUAAAACCUUCCACUGCAAAAGAGUAUUCUUAUCUGAAGACUGUACCCAAGGAACAAGAAGAAUGGCUGAUGCAAUUAUAGCUUCCACAAUAGAGGUAGCGUUGGAGAAGACACUUUCCCUUGCCAAUGAAAGGAUUGGCAAGUUAUUCCAAUUCAAGGAGGAUUUGGAGACCCUGAAAGGAUCUGUUGCCAUGAUACAAGCUGUCUUAGCUGAUGCUGAGGAAAAGCAAAUGCAUGACAAGGCCGUGCAACUGUGGCUCCAGAGGCUAGAAGCCGUGGCGUUUGAUGCCGAGAAUUUGUUGGACGAGCUGAAUUAUGAAGCUCUUCGUCGCCAUCUCGUGGGCAAGAAGGUUUGCUCCAAGCAGAUGUCAACAACCAAAUGAUGAUGGAGGAAAUUGGAAUGAAUUGUCUGAGAAUUUUAUUACAGAGUUCGUUGUUUGAAGAAACCAAAAGUUAUCAGGAAACACGUUAUUAUAAGAUGCAUGAUCUAGUGCACGACCUCGCAGAGUCAAUGUCAAAGUCUACUAAAGUUAUUAACAAUAUUCGUUACCUUGCGGUAGAUUUAUCUGGUGGCAGAGAAGAAAAAGAAAAACUUUUGGAAAGUCUAUCAACUUCGCUUCGUACAUUGUUUGUAAAGGGUGACCUAUCUGGUGAUAUGUUAAUGAAGUUGAAGAACUUGUAUGUUUUGAAUUUGUCUCAUGCAACAACUCAAGAGCUACCGAUCACUAUUGGCAAAUUGACACAUUUGCGAUAUGUUAACCUUUCGAGUUCUAGAAUCCGUAUUUUGCCAGACUCCCUUUGCAAGCUUUAUAAUUUGCAGACAUUGGCACUAGA